AUGUUACGGGCUAUACUGGAUAAAUUUUGGGAUGAAGAUGUGUGGUUACCGCCGAAUACAACUUGGGAAGAUAUUGCACCGGGUCCAGACAAGGCAGUGGUAUACAAUGACUAUAGGCACCUCCUGUAUCCCCUGCCUUUGGCACUGGUGCUGAUAGUCCUGCGGCGUACUCUAGAGGAGUAUUGGUUUGCCCCAUUUGGGAAAUCUUUAGGCAUUAAGAACACUAGACCAAAGAAAGCCCCAAGUAAUCCAAAAUUGGAGAAUGCAUAUCAAUUAUCACCAAAAAUAAAGCAUAAACAGUUCUUUUUGAACAAGGAUGAGAUAUGUUCGUUAGCAAAGCAACUCGACAUGACAGAGAGGCAGGUGGAACGAUGGUGGAGAUUAAGAAGAAGCCAGGAUAAACCUUCGACCCUGGUGAAGUUCUGCGAGAACAUGUGGAGGUUUACAUUUUACUUGUACAACUUCUCCUACGGUCUCUUUAUAUUAUGGGAGAAGGAGUGGCUUUGGGAUAUCGAUCAGUGUUAUAUAGGAUAUCCACAUCAGGGUCUCACCAACGACAUCUGGUGGUACUAUAUGAUAUCAGCAGCGUUUUAUUGGGCGCUGACAUUCUCUCAGUUCUGGGACGUGCGUCGCAAGGACUUCUGGCAAAUGUUCGUGCACCACAUCGCCACCAUCCUACUGCUGUCCUUUAGCUGGGUCUGCAACCUGCACAGGAUUGGGACACUCGUGCUCUUAGUCCAUGACUGUGCUGAUAUAUUCUUGGAUGCAGCGAAGGCGGCAAAAUACGCCAAUUAUCAACGAUUGUGCGAUAGUAUCUUUGCUGGUUUCACUGUGUUAUGGAUCGUUUCAAGACUCGUUGUUUAUCCGUUCUACAUUAUUUGGAGUACAUCAAUCCGCGCACCCAUGUUGCUCCCGAUGUUCCCCGCCUACUACAUCUUCAACUCGCUGCUGUGUCUACUAUUAGGUCUACAUAUGGUCUGGACCUGGCUCAUAUUGCAGGUCGCCUAUAAGGCUAUUAGUGCUGGCCAGAUGGAAGGUGAUAUCAGGAGUUCAAGUUCAGAAAUAAGCGAUAGUUCACAUCAAUCGAACCACAGCACGCCGAAUCGUGUCAAUAAUAAAAAGUAA